AGAGUGUGAGUGAAGUUGAAGUGUCGAGAGGUCAUUAGCGAGCGAAUGUUUUAUAAAGAAGAUUAUGGGGUCACAGCCGCCUCCUAAACCCUGGGAAAGACGGAUUCCGGGAAAUAUGAGUGCUCCCUCUUUCCAAUCUGCUGAACUGUUAUCUGGCCUACCCACGAGACAAGGACAGCCUAUACUUACAAGAAUUCCACCACCUCUUCCCCCAAGACCAGCACAACAGACUGGAGUUGGCAAUCUCAGCACUUACAGAUCUGUUUAUAACACCUUCUCUCCAGCAUAUACACCAUAUGGAAGCUCUUUGUAUGGAAGCUAUAGCCCUUAUAGUUAUGGAUAUGGAGGCCUUGGCUACAACAGAUUUCGAACUGAUGAUGUUCCUCCCAGUAGGUUUGUACGCCAGGCUGAAGAAAGCAGUAGAGGAGCAUUUCAGUCCAUUGAAAGUAUUGUUCAUGCAUUUGCUUCUGUCAGUAUGAUGCUUGAGGCUACUUUUUCAGCAGUAUACAACAGUUUCAGAGCCGUCUUGGAUGUUGCUAAUCACUUUUCCAGACUUCGAGUGCAUUUUACCAAAGUUCUCUCAGCAUUUGCAUUGAUCAGAACUUUGAAGUACUUAUAUAGGAAGUUACUAAGAUUACUGGGCCUGAGGAACAACUCUGAGGUCGAGGAUUUAUGGGCAGACAGUGCUGGUGCUGUGGUUCCAGCUGGGGCUGAAGACAAAGUACCUGGGUCAGGCAAAUCCUGGCCCAUCUUUUUGUUUUUUGCAGUUGUUUUUGGAGGUCCGUAUCUUAUAUGGAAAUUACUAAGCUCAGCUACUUCUGAAGAACCAGAAUCAACAAGUUGGGCAAAUGGAGAAGAUGAUCAUGUUGUAGCAAAGGCAGAAUAUGAUUUCACAGCUGGCUCAGAAGAAGAGCUCACAUUUCGUUCGAGUGACCUGCUGAACCUGGCUCCCAAAGAACAACAGCCCAAAGUACGUGGGUGGUUGCUGGCCAGUUUGGAUGGUCAAACAACAGGAUUAGUGCCCGCUAAUUAUGUCAGAAUUUUAGGUAAAAGACGGGGCAGAAGACAAGCAGAGCUGGAACGCAUGGCAGAGAAGCAGCCACUUGGAGGUUCAGCAACUGCAAAUGGAACUAAUGUCAUUGAGUCACUGGAAGAUCAAGAGGCAGCCUUUGAAUCGGCUUUUACUGAAACACCAGAACGUAGUAAGGAUCCUAUCUCUACAGAAUCCGCAAAUACUGGGAAGGAUGUCAUGAAUGACUGACAACUUAUUAGUAACAGGAAGAAACCUUUCCCGUUGUAAAGCUGGUGUAUUAAAUGAUAUUAAUAGCUUUUAAGUUUUUGUUGUACUGAUUUACAAUCCCUUCAUCCUCACCCCAGCAACAUAUUUUUUGAGAAAUGAAUCAGGUAUAUAAGAUGUUUAAUUUAUUUGCCACCUCCUAGUAAGUAUCCAUAUCAUUUUCCUUCGUAGACCAAGUAAUUCAUAUAUUUGGCCAAUAUAGUGCAGUUAAUUAUUCAUUGUUAAAAUCUCUGGAUCUUUUCUAAAAAGUCCUGAGAUUUAAACAACUUUUGAUGAUUAGACCCAUAAGCCAAAAGACUUGGUCUGUGUUUUGGUCUGUCUGUGAAUAAGUUGUCCUUCUUGAGAGACUUGGAUUUUGUUCAACAAAAUUGGCUACAAUUGGUUAACUUGACGUAAUUGCAAGCAUAACGAAAAGCUCUAUCCAUGCCUAAAAUUUGAUACUCAGGUUUUUUUGUAUUUGUAGAACUGCUGGUAUUAUGGAAAGUUUGGUAGUAAACUGUAGCUCGUGAUACGCUGCUGCUUGAUGAAAUUAAUUAGAUCAUCAUAAUACGUGUACUAACUCAAAACUGUAAAGGUUAUUACAAACAUUUGAACUAAACUUGUGACUACUUUUAAACUGUUCACAUUAUACACAAGUAAUAAUUUCACAAGUGAAGUUAAUAUAUGUCUGACAUGAUGUCCUUAAUAAUUGGAUAACCAUGAAACAGGUACUAGUUUGCUGUUAGUUUAUUGAAAUAUUAUUUGUAUAGUAAAUCCAACAAGGAGAAAUAGUCAAACUGUAGCAAUCACAGCUGAGUAAAACUGUAGGAACUUACUUGUGAUAAAGGGUGAACGUAGUGUCCAAUUCUUUGUGACAGAAUGGAGGUUACGUGAUGAAAGUAAUAAAUGUUGAAACAUAACUGUAAAGUAAAAAUAUAAGAGGUCUGCUGAAAAUUAUUUGUAUACAUUAAUAUAAACUGGUCUUUUCAUUUGGUUACAUACAUUUCUUAACCAAUUCUCUUCAAACAUUAUUAAAUAAUAUCAGUCAAUAAAAUACACAGAGAUUGGGAAGUUUCCAUGCAGAGUGCUCUUUACAUUGUGAAAAUAUGUCCAUUUUUAUUGUUUUAAUGUAAGGCUUCCCCUCUCUCACAUUGUUCCACACUUUGUACUCCAUUCAUUUUCAAGGAGGUGAGUCAAUGGAUCAUUACCCAUGAGAUAUGCAGUCUUUUUAAAUUACAAUAUUUUGGACAACUGUACAAUGAUUUAAAAAUGUAUAAUAUUAUUUGUAAAACAAUUAUAAUAUGCUUCGUAAAUAAUUGCAGGUAUAGAUGGAUAAGUUGCUUCCAUGGAUUUAACAUUUUCUCCAGUUUAUGAUCCCUGUGAAUUUGAAUAAAUACACCUGCACCUAG